AUGUUCAAGUUGUUGCUGGACGUGAACUUAUCUGCUAUGCGCACAUCGCUUAUUGGUGUUGUGCCUUUAGCUGCUGUAUUGGUCAUUGGGAUUAGCAGGAUAAAACUAUUUUUUGUUGACUUGAAUAACUUAGUAACACCUGGCACUAUUUUGAAACGGGACAUUUUCCUCAUAAUAUUACGCUCGUUUAGCAGCUCUAACCAAUACUUUGAUGAAUCCACUCAGUCCGACUACCCUCCUCCUCCUGAUCCUAUACCGAAUAGACCCUUAAGAGCUGAUUCCCGAAGGCCCUUCAAUCCAUCCCAAAGACAACGCCCCAGCAGCAGUAACCCCACCCAUUCUACAGCUUUUAGAAGACCUGGUGAGAAUAAUGAAAAUCAAAUCAAGUCCCAGGAUAGCCAAGAUUUUCUGAAAAGGUUUCAGCUUGGAUUUGAUCAUAAAGAUGAAAAUCCAAACACCAAUCCUGCGCUCCAACCCAAAGGUGAAAGGGGUGACACUCCUGCUUCCGAGUCAGCUCCAGCUCCACCAGAAGAUGUAGAUGAGAUAUUCAAGAAAAUGAAAGAAACUGGCCUAAUACCCAACGUUGUAGCUAUGCUUGAUAGGCUUUGCAAGGACGGCUUGGUCCAGGAGGCCAUGAAGCUCUUUGGCCUGAUGCGUGAAAAAGGUACCAUACCUGAAGUUGUUAUCUACACUGCUGUUGUAGAAGGAUUUUGUAAAGCCCACAAAUAUGAUGAUGCUGUGAGAAUUUUUCGGAAGAUGCAAGGCAAUGGCAUUAUUCCGAAUGCUUUUAGUUACAGUAUCUUAAUCCGGGGGCUCUGUCAGGGCAGGAGAUUAGAGGACGCCCUCGAGUUUUGCUUGGAGAUGUUGGAGGCUGGACAUUCCCCCAACCUGAUGACCUUUGUAGGUUUGGUCGAUGGGUAUUGCAAAGAGAAGGGUCUAGAAGAUGCCCAAAGCGUGAUUAAAGCGGUGAGGCAAAAGGGUUUUAUCCUUGAUGAGAAAGCUGGUUUGGGAGGCAAUACUGGGGAAGAAAGCUUCACAGAGGCAAUCUCUCUUUUAAGGUGUUUUCUGUUUUUUUUCAAUUGAAAUAUUCUAGAGUUCGAUCAAUAUAUGUAGUAGCUCUAUGAGUAUUAUCAUGUUAUUCAAAUACUUAGUUUUGUAGUGCCUAUUUAGAUGGUUGCCGAGUCUAAGAGCUUUGUAUAAAACAGGUCCUUGCAUGAACUUGUUUAGUUAUGAAUAUUGGUUCAAGUUUGUGCCA